AUGAGUGGUAGUGGGACUGGAGGUGGUGGGGGCGGUGGCAGUAGUGGUGGAGGUUCUGGUCGUGCACACUUUCGUAGUCAGUUAGGCUGUUGUAUAUGUGGAACGAAGUCAUCAUCCUCUCGUUUUACCUCUAGUCAACGAUAUGCUGAGCAUUUCGGUGCAUGUUUUGGUCCACAGGGGAUUACACGUUCAGGAGAUUUAUGCAACGCAUGUGUUCUUUGUGUUAAACGUUGGCUUCAACGUGGUAGACAACCGAACUUCUUUGUACAGGUUCUUGACAGUAAGAAAGGUCCUGGACCGAAACAUAUGAAAGAAAUUACUAAACGCGCUCGUCGUCGGGAAGCCAAACAGCAAGCUGCUGCUGCUAUUGCUUCACCAGUAGGUAAAGAGCAAAAGUCUCUAAAAUCUUCACUUACUACCACCACACAUACUCCUACUACACGUUCGUCUUGUGGGAACGGUCAUCAUUGUUCGAAUAACGGUUCCUGCUCACGUGGCAAUCUUCAUUACACACAAACUAAUGCAAAACCGGAGCAUUAUUUGCAUACAUCAUCUAGUUGUAUUCGUGUUCAGUCGAAUAUGUUUUCCCAGCAAUCUUAUGUGGGAGGUACGACACGAUCAAGUGCACAACACUCUCAGGCAUUAUCAAAUGGAUUUAGGUGUUCUUCGCAUAAAAAUAGCAAUAAUAAUCGUAAUAGUAAUUCCCACUGUUAUAAUCGAUCAUUAAAUCAUCAUAAUAAAAAUGACACUUCAGAACACAUAUGUUGUUCUUGUACAAUUUUGGAUCAAAAAGAACAUUUAUCGAAAUCGUCUAAUUCACAAGGUGCUACACGAACACGUGCAGCUGCUGCCAGGCAAUUAGAAGCCGCUAGUGCUGCUGCCGCUUGUACUCGAAAUACUGCCGGUGUCCUAUCUACUUCAUUACCAUUGUGUGAUAGUCAUCAUCAUCAUAGUAGUAGUAGUAGUCUAGUGCUUCAUUCAGAAAACAUACAAAUGACUAUAUCAUCAGAUUCCAGUGAAAAUGAUCCUAACAAUAAUUAUGAUAUUAACCAGCAAACAUGUUGUUCCGAAACCGCUACGUCGGCUUCAAGUUGUUCUAGUUGUUGCUAUUUCUGCUGCUGUAGUAGUUGUUGUGCCUAUGGUGGAGGUAGUCUAAGUUGCUGCAGUGGAAGUACAAGCGGGUUCGGAUCAAAUUCUUCAGAUAUAUCACUUAAUAGUAGUGUUAAUUAUUCCAGGAUGAAAUCUAAUACAUACCACAAUAAAAAGCAACAGAAUUGUUCAAAUUGUACAUGUCAUGAUAAUAAAACGGAUGAAAUAAAUAAAUGUUCUAUGGAUUACAAUUGUUCCACUCACCGAUCCUAUUAUCAUCACCAAUCUCGACGCGCUAAUGAAUUCAGGUACCCUCAACUACCACAAACUGGCCAGGUCAAUAUAAAUAGUAAUGAAGGUGAAAAGGGUGCAUCUAUAUUUACAAAUGGUAAUUCUGGAAAUUUUCAGCACUCUAAUAAUACUCAACAAACGUCUUAUGUUACAUCGGGACAAAAUAAUUCGAUUGUAAAUAUAAACGAAUCAGCUUCACCUAUUGCAAAUACCAAUGUAACCACGACAUCAUUAACAACAACAACAACAACAACAACUAUUCCUACCCGACGUUAUAACCGUAGAGUUGUCCUACCUCCCGUAAGAAUGACCCAUAAUCCCGAAGUGGAUUCUUUAUUACGUGAAAUCAUGGAACGAAAUAGUCAGGCUGUAAAUUUCGAUUCUCGUGAAAUGCACAUGGCCGUUCAACAAGAAUUACGACUCCGUAAUCGUACCAUUCAUACUGCUGCUUCAGCUUCUGGUGGGUCCAUUUCUUCAAUUAGUUCGGCUGAUGGCUCUAUAGAAGCCACUGUUGGGUCCAGUAGUCAAACAUCAACUAAUAGAGCAAAAUGUAGUCAUCAUCAUAGUUCUCCGAAUCAUGAACAUUUGGCUAAACGUUAUUGUUCACAUCACUGUUAUUUCAGUUGCGAUUAA